CAAUUUUUCUUCACGAUGGGUAUUUGUCCGUGGCAGGAUAUUUUUGAAGACGAGAUUGAUUGGUGGUCCAAGUAUUACGCCUCUACUGGGGAAACCGAGAAGUGUGGGGACUAUCUGGAAAGAGGCUAUGACAAGAUAGAGAUCUACAACAAGCCUUUGGAAGUUCUUGGGACGAACGAUUUCUUCCAGGACUUCUGCAACUGCUACGAUCUGAACCGUGGAAAGCAAGAAGAUGAGGAUGAGGAAUCCAGCGGAGUGGGAGAAUUCAAGGGUCUGUUUAGGAUCUACCCGUUGCCUGGUGACCUGAAGGCCGAACUGCCACCUAAGCAGUUCAGCCACCUACCCCCAUCAGCACCGGUGGAGUGUGUCAUCCGUAUCUACAUUGUCAAGGCCCUUGAUCUCCAGCCUCAAGAUCCCUCUGGAUUGGCUGAUCCUUACCUGAAGAUCAAGCUUGGAAAGAAGAAGAUUGAUGAUGAAGAUGACUACCUACCAAACACCCUCAACCCGGUCUUUGGAAAGAUGUUUGAGGUCAAGACGUUCUUACCAGUUCACAAAGAUCUCAAGGUUACCGUCAUGGAUAAGGACUUGCUGAGCAAAGAUGACAUAAUUGGUGAAACAGAGAUUGAUCUGGAAAACCGAUUCCUCACCAAAUACCGUGCAACAGUUGGACUACCAGAGAGUUAUAACACCUCUGGCCCCAACAAGUGGCGUGACCAGAAGACACCGAGAGAACUGCUUGAGGAUUACUGUAAGCUACAGAAGCUCCCUGGACCAUUCUUCUAUGGAUCCACCAAACUUACCAUGGAGGGCAAGAUGUACAAUUUGGCUGACUUUGAAACGAACAAGAUGCACAGUGAGCACGAGGGACCCCAGGACCAGCGCCUGGCCCUCUACGCACUCCGCCAGUUCCCCCUGGUGAGGGAACACAUCGAGACACGCCCGCUCUACAGCCCUCUGCUGCCGGGCAUUGAACAGGGCAAGCUGCAGAUGUGGGUGGAUAUCUUCCCUAUGACCAUGGGGCCACCGGGCCCUCCCUGUGACAUCACUCCCAGGAAACCCAAGAAGUACGUUGUUCGCUGCGUCGUCUGGAAUGCUAAAGAUGUUAUCUUGGAUGAAACCUCCAUCACUGGAGAGAGAAUGAGUGACAUCUACGUCAAGGGCUGGAUGGCUGGUGAGGAUGAGAAGCAGGAGACCGAUGUCCACUACCGGUCACUCAACGGUGAAGGAAACUUCAACUGGAGAUUAUGUUUCCCCAUCGAGUACAUUCCUCCUGAACAGGUCCUAGUCAUCAAGAAGAAGGAACAUUUCUGGAGUUUGGACAAGACUGAGACUCACGUCCCACCUGUUCUUAUCGCUCAGAUCUGGGACAAUGACAAGUUCUCACCCGAUGACUUCUUAGGAUCCAUUGAGCUAAAUCUGAACGGUAUGCCAAACCCCGUCAAGAAGGCAGGGAGUUGUUCCCUCAAGCAGCUACCAAAUGAAGCCAAGGGAAAAGAAGUUAGCUUGGUGUCUCUCUUUGAGGCCAAGCGUCUCAAGGGUUGGUGGCCUGUCAUCAGCGAGGAGUCCGGAGAACGGGAGCUCACUGGCAAACUGGAGUUGGAGCUUGAGAUCUUGACGGAGCAAGAAGCCGAGGAAAGGCCAGCUGGGCAAGCCAGAGAUGAACCAAACGCCAAUCCUGUCCUGGAUCCUCCAAAUCGCCCAGAGACGUCCUUCUUGUGGUUCACCUCCCCCUGGAAGACCCUGAAGUAUAUCAUCUGGCACAACUACAAAUGGUACAUCCUUGGAUUCCUUCUCCUGCUCCUCCUGGUAGCCUUCAUCGUCCUCAUCAUAUACAACGUACCAGGAGCUGGGGUCAACAGGCUGUUCGGUAACAUAUAAUAAUCCUUGGUUUGAGGACAUCCAAAAGCCUCCAAAGACCACUCAUAGCUGUAGGGUCAGUACCAUUACCAAUGGAUGGAUGUAUGGGGGUUGUCAGUCAAGAAUGGAUCAAGGGCAACCUACCAGAUUGGCCACAAGGUAUCUAGUCUUGUUGAGCUUGGUUAAAAGCACUUUCAAAUAGUUUCAAAGGCAGCUAGCAAUGCUAGUUUGGUUUGGUCCUAUAUGUUCCUUGAUUUGAUUUGGGGAAGAUGGUAGGAGCAAAAUAAACCCAUGUCUAGAGUUGUAUCCUAGAUUACUCUUUCAUCAUAUGUAAUGGAAUUGUCUUCACUUCACAAAUCAUGUGAAACGUGCUUUAAUCUUAAUGUCAGGUAUUCUUACGAAAGCAAUAGAAGAAUUCUACAAUUCCGAAUGUAUGCCUUAUACCAAAUAUUUCUCGAACCAACUGUGUCAGUCUGUGCCUGUCAUGAAUUUGUAUUUGCUAAUAGUGUUCUGACACUGGGCACCAUUUAACAUGCCACAUUAACGUACUUACUUUUGAUUUUAUUUUAAUCUGUUGAUUACACCAUAGCUUUAUACAGGAAUUACAAUAUAUUUGUAGCAUGUGGGUUAAAAAGUUAUAUUAUGCAUUGAAUUGUUUAAAAUAAUUUAUUAAUAAUGGAAUGACACAGGGAUGUCUUUUCCCCACUCAUAUUUUUCAAGGAAAAAAAUAAAAUCAUGAAUGAAUUCAAAUUACUCAAAAGUGCUUAUUACAAUUUUUAUUUACUUAGAAAUAAAGGAAUGAACGUAUUUAUAUAUAUUUUGAAUAGUAAAAUCAUGUCAUUUCCAAUUAAGUCUUGUUAAAUUGUGAAAUUUAUUGGGACUUUGCUUUUGAAAGAUAUGAAUUUGCAGUGUAAUUCUUGUAAAUUAAAUUCAAGAAAAGGGGUUUUGUUAAACAAAUGAUACUCUUGCGAGUAAACAAAUCAUGCAUUGCAAAAUCAGUCUGGCAAAAUGUAAUGUAAAAUAAUGAUAGCCUAGUGAAAAGAACCAAUAAAAAUGUAUAUGCGAUGUAGAUAUGAUGUAUUAUGUUUUUUUAUAUGUAUGUCUUAUUCAAUUUAUGUUUCUCUUAUUGUCUUUUCUAAAUGUCUUGUAAACUUUUUUAUUGUUUUACUUAUUCAGUUUAUUAAUCAUGGCAUUUACAAGGUAGUCAACAGCUAACAUACAUUUGUGAAAUGGUGUUUGUUGCAAUGAGAGAACAUUUGUUUAUUGAUAUUAUACCAUAGUAUAGUUUAUGAAGUAUAUUUCAGUGUCUUGUAUGUAGAAAAGGUGGCAAAGAGUAUAUAUUUUGUUACAUGGGGUAAUAAUGAAUCUUAUCACAAGUUCAGCUAAGAUUGUCUUGAGAUUGUGGCAUUUAUUUAGGAUUUGUUUGAAUAAUAUGAAUUAUCAUAAGGAAUUGUAUGUAUGAUUGAAUUGAUGUGGAUGUGUGAAAUGAUGACCAUUCAUUAUUUUCUUUAAAAGUAAUAACACAAAACUUCUUCCAAGAAUGAUCAUGCCUUGAUUGAAAUAUCAUGCCUUAAACAUUUAGCAAAUGAAAUGAAACUUAAUGAAUUUGACAAAUAUAUUUCUAUUAUAAUUAUCUAUUUGAUAGAUGGAGACAAUAUGUGAAUAUAUGAAAGUAUGAUUAUGUAAUGUCCAAUAAACGUAUAACACUUACUACAUUGACAGACCAAAAAGGAUUAGUUUGAAGAAUUUUUCUGUUUAAUGUAAGUCUGUCAGGAAUGGAACUUAAUCUGAAUACACAUGUUAUUAUUUAAUGUUACAAUCACUGAUCAAUUAAAAUGAGAACUACAUGUAUUUCCAAUUUAUUUUGUUCAUUCUACCAAUUUUGAAGAUUCAUUGAGGAGAUGCAAUGAAUGCUCACUAUAAAUCUAAUUUUCUGCCUUAACGUAUUGAAUGGGAUGAACAUGCCGAAUUAUGAUGUAAUAUUUCCAUGCCUUCUGGUUGCUUCAUAGUGGUAGUACGGAACGGGUAUUUUGACUGUCUCUCUCUCUCUCUUUCUAUCAUACUUUGUAUUUAGAUCACUCUUUUUUGCUCAAAUUAAAUUCCAAGAGUGAAAA